CUCUAUUGUUCUCGUUAAAUUCCUUUCCCCCGCGUCGCUCUCGCGCAUGCCACUCUCCCGUCCUUUAGGAGAAGAGAGCGAGUGGCGGAUGCGCGCGCCUUGCUGCCCCUUACGCAUUGGCUGAACGGAGACCUCUGGUGUUUUUUUAGCUUAUAUUUUUAGCAGCGGAGGUCGGACUCGUAUUGCAUCGCGCGUGAUAGAAAGUGCAGUUCAUCUGCAGUGCUGCUGAGCGCUGGAGAACCGCAGUGUGUUGCGCUGUGAACGCUCGAGCUCAGCAUACUGAACGAGUCCGCUAUUACGGCGAAGGGUCUGAAGUAAACACGCAGGUCUGCUGUUCGAGGAGCGCUGGAUAUAUCAUCUAGGCUGUCUUGCUAAGACGGGUUUUUUUUAUUAUUUGGUGGAAAUGGCCAGUCCUGGAGACGACUCGGCUUCAAACGCCUAUCUGGAUCAAGCUGAAUCUGCUGACGCUAGCCCAGAACCAGCGUUUCAGGAGGCUCAAAAAUGGAUCGAGGCAGUGACAGGAAGAAGUUUCGGCGACAAGGAUUUUAGAAGCGGGCUGGAGAACGGCAUUCUGCUCUGCGAGUUACUGAGUUCAAUCAAACCAGGCCUUGUGAAAAAGAUCAAUUGACUUCCAACACCCAUUGCAGGGCUGGAUAAUCUGACCAUGUUUCUGAGAGGAUGUGAAGAGCUGGGAUUGAAGGGAUCACAGCUGUUUGAUCCCGGAGACCUGCAGGAUACAUCGAUACGAGCAAACUUAACGGGCUCUGACUGCAGUAGAAAGCUGAAGAAUGUGCUCAUAACCAUAUACUGGCUUGGAAAAGCUGCUAACAGCUGUGCAACAUAUAACGGCCCCACACUCGACCUGAAAGAGUUUGAAGGGCUUCUUUCCAUGAUGCGAAAGGAGUGUGUCAAUGAAGAUUUAGACUCCCCUAAGCGCAGUAUAAGGGACAGCGGUUAUAUUGACAGCUGGGAAUCAGAGCGCUCUGAUUCGCUGUCUCCUCCGAGGCAUGGCCGUGAUGAUUCGUUUGACAGUCUCGACUCAUUUGGCUCACGAUCACAGAACACACCCUCCCCAGACACAGUUAUUCGCUGCAACAGUGAUGACUCUGAAGGUGACGCUGGGAAUAGAAAGUUGCCAGACGUGCGUAAGGAUGACAUGUCUGCCCGCCGCGUGUCCUACAAAGAGCCUCGGGUAGCUCUACCCUUCAAUCAGUAUCUGCCAAACAAGAGCAACCAGACCACCUACCUUCCUGCUCCCCUGAGGAAGAGGAGGAGCGACAGAGAGGAAGACAGGAGGAGUCUGAGCAACUCCACAUCCCCUGUAGGAGGAGAAAGACCUCUCAGACAAGAGUGCUUACAAGUGUUACAAGAGGAGGCUGUCGUGUCUCGAAGCCUUGUGUUCCAGAAAAACUCCACCUGGGUGAACGAGAAAGGGGUGGAGCUUGAGGAGGCGGAGCUUAAUAAAAUGAGAAAGCUGGAAAAGGCGGGAAUAAAAGUAUUACCUGCCCCUGUGCGGUAUAACAGUCCAAUAGUGAACCCUGUGGAGGCCAGUAAAGCUAAACCACCUUCACCUGACAUCAUUCUCCGUCGUGAAAAUGAGUUCAUGUGCACCGCUGCUCCACAACAGUGGGAUUCGAAUGAUGAAGAUGAUGAUGAAGAGGCAGAACGGAAGGUUCCAGAUGUCCAAAAGGAUGAUCUUGCAUCUCGCAGAGCACGAAUGAAUCAGUUUAAACCCAGCGUGGCACAUCACUUCUUGCCAGGCUCUUGUAGCUGGAAGGACCGAGAAAAAUGGGAGGGAAUCAGACUGGCAUCCCAGCAUGCCGUGUUGGAGAGGAUGGAGAAGAUGGAACAGGAGAAAAAAAGUCAGGCUGACUCUGCCUCCCCUGAGGUGCCAAUCAUUAUUCGUAAGGACAAUCCUUUCUUGAAUCCUGAAAAAGACAGGGGAAAAGAAGGGAAUGAGGAAGAUGAAAGAGAGGAAGAGGGGAAGAUAGUUGUUCCAAACCCACUCAAAGAUGAUUUAGCCAAGAGGCGGACUGGGAGAGGGCCACACCCUCCCAAAGAUCCUCAUCAGUCAUUGGUCCAGACUUCCAUCACUCAGUCAGACCUGGAGACAUGGCAGAGGCUCAAGAUGAAUACAGAUAUCAGUGAGUCUGACUCCACUCCUGCUGAAGUGUCAAUCAUAACUCGAAAGGACAACCCCUUCCUGACCCCUGAGAAAGACAGUGAGAGUGAGCAGGAGAAGGAGAAGGAGGAGGGAACAGACAGAGAGAAAGGGGCGAGGGUGGUGAUCCCUAAUGUAAAGACUGAUGACCUGGCCAGAAGGCGGGCCCAAAGUGGGCCUGUCCCACAGAGGGACCCCCGGCAGUCAUUGGCUCAAACAACCAUCACUCAAUCAGACCUGGAGAAAUGGCAAAGGCUCAAGAUGAAUACAGAGAGCAGCGAUGCCCCUAUUGUCCCUCUGUGUCAGACGUGUCUUGAGAAAGGCUGCCUCUCUGUUUCCUCCAAGAUGACGGUUGCCAAGAACGACCUGGCCAGUUGCCGAGAACGUUCCUCCGGUGAACGGCGGCGUUUUGUGACAUUUGGGGGUGUGACAGAGAUGGAGAGUACUUCCUGGAAAGAGGAGGAGGAGGAUGAGGAAGGGGGAGAGGGACAGGGGAACGAGGCAGAGAAGCUUCGGUAUCUCCUCUCGAUGGCACCUGUUGCUGUGCCCACCAUAGGACUGGGCUCCUUACUGAAAAAGAGAGCGGUGGGCAGUGGAGAUGCAAACCCUGAGCCUCCUCCCAUCAUGACCCCUGAACCUCCGAACUCUGUUAUGUUUGACCUUAAAAAGCCUUUGACUUCCACCGAGCGCAGAGUGCUGGAUGUGGAACUAGCUGAGAAAGCAAAGGAUGAGAGGGAGGCUGAUGAAGAGGAUGAAGAAGAAGAGAGGCAACCAGAUAUAGAAAAGGACGACAUGCUAGCUCGUAGAACAGGAGCAUUACAGAAGCCAGCAAGCGGGACUUCAUAUAACAGAUUCCUCCCACAGCCGGGUUCAAAGAGACAGUGUGCUACAGCAGCUUCCAUAGCCCAGAAAGGAACGAGUGAAGAAAGAGAUCUGCAAUAUUUUGAAAGAAGCAUAAAGACAAAGAGAACCAAGAUUGGACAGAGAAAUGAACCAGUCAGCCAAGUAACAAAGACACCUGUUCCAGUUGCUGUAGUCACAGACAAGAACCCCGACAUUGUACGUUCUUCUGCAACUAACGCCAAUCGCUCUGGCGGUUACGAUGAUGAUGAUGAUAAAUGUGGGCAUGAUGAUCAACUGUCAUAUUUUGAGAAGGAUGACAUGCUUGCACAAAGGACCGGAUCUUACCAAAAGCCAAGUGCAGGACAGGCUUUUAAUGCUUUUCUGCCCAAACCCGGUGCUGUCAAGCAUAAAAUCAGUCCUGUCAGUGGAUCGCAGUCAUACCUCAAGCCAAGAGAGCAAGAGACAGCCCUGUCUCUGGACAGCUUCACCCUUAGCUCUGUGGCCCCGCCCCCAAGAGAUGCUGAGGACACGCCUAGGAAGUGCCCUCAGAUGAUGGACAGGCAGGAGGCGGGCUCUGUGGGUGUGGUGGGGCAUGAAAGUCUUAUUAAAGAUGAGACCUUUACCAAAAGCCCCUCCCCCACACCUCACCAGCCCCCACGUCGGCCCCUUUGGCAGGAAGACGAUGAUCUCCCCCCAAUAUUCAGAGCUACUAGUGUUUCUGACACAGAGAGUAUGAGUUUGAUUGACAUGCGUGAUGAAGAGGAUGAGAUGGCGUACCUUCGGCCACACAGCCAAUCACGACAUGAGCUCCUACACAACCAGUACAACAAACUCAAAGAGGAGGAGGACCAGUGGCAGGACGACUUGGCUCGCUGGAAGAAUCGGAGGAGAAGUGCAUCUCAAGAUUUGAUCAAAAAGGAAGAAGAGAGGAAGAUGAUGGAGAAGUUAAUGACAGCAGACGGAGGAUCUGGCCAUCGCAGGAAGAGCAUCAAGACAUACAAAGAAAUCGUAGAGGAGAAAGAGCGUAGGGAACAGGAACUACAUGAACAAUACUGUAAGGCCUCCACCCCAGAAGAGAAAGCAGCUGUUCUUCAGCGCUAUGCUCUCCGUUUCACAAUCAGCGAUGCCAUAUUGGAGAAACUCCAGCUCCCCAAACUGCCUUCUGCUGCUCCACCAAUGCACACGUCACCACUUCAUCAACCCGAGAAGAAGCUGACAUGCACCACCUUAGUAGAAGCAGAGGUCCCAGAGCCUGAACAGACUACCCAAACACACCACAGUGGUUAUACAGACCAGAAGACUGCACAAAAACAGGCACCAACCCCUGAACCAUUACCUUCUGAGACCUCCAAAGCUCCAGAAGUCCUGUCAGCACCCACAAGAGUUCCUCCGGCUCCAUUGAAGCCUGUACCCCUGAUCACCCCAAAGCCCUACAGCCAGCCCAAAUUCAGCCAAAGCCUCCACAAAUCAGUGAAGAGUGAUGGGCUGAUCCGUGUGAACGGUGACAGCAGAGAGAGGGAUGAUAGAGAUUCUAUGUUGUGUCCUCAAAUCAACGUCUCUUCCUCACCUCCAAAGCCAGAUACUCCGAGUCAACAAAAUGAGGAGCUCAUUGUUUUAGAAGCCUCAGAACACCAGCAAAAUGUACAGACUUCCAUUUCUGACAAGGAGAAAGAAGUCAUAAAGGAGGGAAAAAAGUGUUCUCUUAUUCCUCAGGAAGAAGACACCUCAACUACACUGUCGGUGUCAGAACCAGAAGGAAAGCAGCCAGUGCCUGACACAAUGAUGAAGCGCAGCUGUGUUGUUACAACAACCAUAGUGACAGAACUCACUCAGACACACCCCGUCCCGCCAACUCAUGCGUCCAGCACCGAGCAGCUCAAUUCGGUCUAUAGUUCAUGUGAUGUGAGUUCAACUGCCGAGUCAAGCAAGACUUCAUGCUCACUCUCAAUGACAGAGGGGAUUGACUACUCCAUUGAUUGUAUUGAAACCCCAAUGUCAAACCUUGCAAAAAGGGUUGAUCACUGGACAUGGGAUCCUAAUGAGGAGCGCAGGCGACAGGAGAGGUGGCAGCAGGAGCAGGAACGCCUGCUGCAGGAGAAAUAUCAGCGAGAGCAAGAGAAGCUGAAGGAGGAGUGGGAGAGAGCGCAGAGAGAAGUGGAAGAGGAGGAGAGGAGGCACCAUGAAGAGGAAAGGCGGAUACUGGAGGAAACCGUGACCCCACUGACCCCUCGGACCUCAGGUUUAUCAUCCUGUAUGGUGACAGAUGCUCCGCCCCUCAGCCAGCCCUCAGCCCCACAUGACACCAUUGUCCUCUCCUUGGCUGACUGGGAAAGGAAACAGGAAAUGUUGGAGAGAGAGGCACAGACAAACCAGAGUAACAGACUUACACACAGCCCUGAUCAAGGAAUCACACCGGCUCAGCAGAAUGGUCAGAGAACUGAACCUCAGCAGAGCCAAACAGCUAAACCACAACUGCAGUUUAUACAGGAUGGCUCUUGGAACUGUAAGUCUAAAGACAGACAAGAAGAUUUGAAGAAAACCGCCUCAUUGGAUCGUAAUCAGAGUCCACCUCAGAGCCAGACCACGAGGAUGAGGAGGACUGGGUCGUAUGAAAAUGUAUUAGAGACACACCCAUCAAAAUCACCCACACCAUCACAAGACACGCCACCUCCAUCACCCAGCAGGUCAGUAAGUGGAAAGAAGCUUUGCUCCAGUUGUGCACAUCCAUUGGGUAAAGGAGCAGCUAUGAUCAUUGAAAGCUUGGGGUUGUACUUCCACAUUCAGUGUUUUAAGUGUGGCAUUUGUAAAGGGUUACUUGGAGACACAAGUGCUGGAACUGACGUCAGAAUUCGAAAUGGACUUCUUAAUUGUCAAGAAUGCUACAUAAAAUCAAGAGCUGCUGGCCAGCCAACAACAUUGUGAUGCCUCUGCACUUCUGACAAAGAAAUGGAACUGAAUUCAGGUUAAACCGACCCAGGACCAUACCCAAGAAGAACGGAUUUUACGUUUAUACCAUGUUUCCCUUACAGCACAAUCAAGCAUAGAGACAUUAAAGUCAAAAAUCAGGAAUCAAGGACACCUGAUGGGUUUUACUCUGGACUUUCUUUGACUGUCAUUGUGCUCGAUGAAAAACAACUUUAUCGCUUACAUGAUAAAAAGUCCAUGAGAUAUUAAUGCGAUUACAGAGACUACAGCGAGUCUGUUCAUACUGGUAGUUUUACACUUUAGAAAUGAGAAGUAACAGUACUUUACCUCACAGUGGCCAUGUUACAUACAUCUCAAUAGCAAUAAGGCCAGAAACAUACUUUACACAAAUGCAGAUGGAUGUGUCAAUAUCAAACCUCAGUUCUAAAGGCUGAGAUAGACAUCAGUCAAAUGCCUGUGCCAUUAACCCCAAAAAUAUCUAGGUAGCUGUUAACACUCUCACAACACUUGUCAGUGGGGCAGUAUCUUUUCUAAAUGUCCUAACAUGUACCUUAAAGGUACUUCUAAUAUGUUGAGAGUGUAUAAACAAUAUAAAAAACUAAAAUCACGAUUCUCUUGAAACUGUUGCUUCAUGAGAGAGAAAACUGAUUUGAAGAAGCCAGUGGGUCAAGGCUUACUACAUCAUUCUGGGAGCAAAAAGCGUCUUUUGCCAUUGACAGCCAUUCAAAAGUAGCAUUGUAUUCUGACUAAAUAAGCAACUCAAGGCUGUAAACAUUAGACCACCAUUUUUUGGAGGGGGUUUGUAAUGGUCUUUUUAUUUAAAGGAAUUAAAUAAUUAAAGGAUUCUUAAAAAAUAUGAACGAAAUAAGAAUUGCGUAGUAAGAAAAAUGUUAAUUUUUUGUAAGUUAUCUAUUUGGACAGUUUGGAAAUAUUUUUAUUUAAAAAAUGUACCACCAUUCACUCUUAUUCAUAUGCCUAGGUAAAAAUUGGCAACAUCAUUCAGAAUGGCAAAACUGGAUAUUAUUGUUUCAAAUAUUAAAUGUUUAGCUGCUUACCUUGCGCUCUUUUACUGUUCGUUAUCUGUGGACAGUAAAUGCAGCAUGAAUUUGUCUUGAUGUUUUUUCAACAUCAAGAAUAUCACCUGUUGUCUCUGGUGGUUAAGGCACUUAAGCAAUUAAUAAAUGGCAGAUAUUACAUGUUCAUGUUUUAUAUGUUUAUAAGUGAAAUCGACGUCAUAGUUUAGUAUACUCACUACUGAGGGUGCAUAGCUAGAAUCAUCUACUUUCACAUAAUUGUCUAGAGUAUGUUUUGGGCCUAACACCACUGACACGAAAUUAUAAACUUCCACAAAUUAACUACAUAUUGACUACAACUGUUCAUGAGUAUUACUCAAGUCCUUGCAGGAAUACAGUGUAACAUGGGCACUGUAAUGUAGAGUGAGACCGAAUCCAUUUCCAUUGUGAGGAACAUAAGGUAGCAAAUGUCCGGUUUUCUUUUCAAGAAAAUUUAGCAUUAUUAAUAAUCUCAGUUUUUGUAAAGGUCUUGCCGGUAUGUCACACAUGUUUUCAAAUGUUCCACUAACAGACGAAUGCAUAAUGUGCAACUCUUAGGCCUAGCUGAUUCGUCCUGAUGCCUUAACUGACAACGUGAAAUAAAUACAGAUAAGAUUGUCCAUCACUUUUUUCAUUUACGUUUUGAAAACAUGAACUGGAGUGGUUUUGAUUGAAAUGUUCUGUUCCUUCCUCCGUUUCUCAUCGCCUGUUUUUUCUUGUUUGAUAAGUGAGGGGUUUGAUACUUUAUUUGUGCAGUAUUGUUUAACAGCAUGUUGCUAAUGUGUAGAUCUAACAUUUCCAUUUGAUUUUUUCUAAAUUUGUUAGUAAUAUUUAAGUUUUGCUCUGCAGUUGAAUAGUAAAAAGAUUGCAUGAUCCCAGAAACUUUCCUUGAUUAAGCUUUACAUUACAAUGUCAAUGUACAAUUACUAAAAAGUAAUAACAUUAACUCUUCAAAGCAGCUCCGCAUAAUCAGAAGUAUAUUAUGUAAUAACACUGUAAUGUAAAGUGUAACCCUUUUCUUUUUUUUUCUUUUUCUUUUUUUCUUUAAAUAUUCCUUUAAUGUAUUCUGUUGCCUUUCUCUCUUCUGCGAUGUUGUGCCUUAGAAAUGCGCUCCUAGAUAACGUCUAGUGUCGGCCACCCUUGCAUCCAAAGCUUCAAGUUAUCAGUGUGCACUGAUGAGAGUAUUAUGCAUAUGCACUGAGCACUCUGCUUUCACCCUUGUACUUUAUUCAAACACUAUGAAUGUGCAAACAAGAGAUUUAAAAAUGAAACUAACACCCUCUGUAAACUUUUCACUUAUGUCAUGUGAAUUAAGAGAUGUAAAAUUGUUAAAUAUAUCUAUAUUUAUCUAAAUCUACUGGAAAGGAUUGCAAUCCUAAAUGUCACCAAAAUAUCAAAUUCAACAACGAGGACAGAUUGUAUUCAGAAACACUAGCAUAUAAUUCCUGCUGUUUUAACUUCUGCUUACGCUUUCUGGUAAUAUUUGAGAUUAAAAGACAUUGUUAUUUAGAUGCGGGGGUUUUUGAUCGUUGCUUGUAUAUCGUUUGUUUUAUUUCGUGACAUUGUUGGAAUAUGAACUGAAACUGAAGGAGGGCAAUAAUUACUGGAAAGAGUAGCCAAGGAUGAGUGAGAUGUGUGUGACGCAUAACAUCAUAUUCUGUAUUUAUUAUACCAUUAAAAAAAAAAAAAUAGUGAUAUAAGACAACCUACAAGACGCUGAAAUGCAAUGGCUUUUAUAGCAAGUGUAUGUUUUUAAAUAAACUGUAAUAAACUAUUUUAAAUGCA